AUUAUUUCCUUAUUACCGGUCAGCAUGUGUGUGUCUUUAAAAAAUAAAUUAGAAAUUACGCCUUAUUCUCAACAUUUCUCAUAUUUUUUCUAGUGUUCUUUUAUUUAAUUCAUUAUGGCUCAAUUGUAAUUAAACUAUUGGAGUAUCUUAUCGGGCAUAUUGUCCAAAAAUUUACAUAUAAAUACUAAAUUUCAUCAACUUGUGAAAUUAUAUUAGUACCGAACAUGUCAAAGGCUACCAAGAGGAAGCACGUGGUUCGUGAAGUCACCGAAGAUUUUGUUCUUCCAGAGGGUGAUCAAAUGAUAGUGAAGGUCUGCGCCAGCAGGGGUAAUAACCUGCAUGAAGUAGAAAAUGACCAAGGUGUUAAUUUUUUGGUCUCUAUGCCAACAAAAUUUCGUAAAAAUGUUUGGAUAAAAAGAGGCGAUUACAUAGUUGUUAAACCAAUUGCCGAAGGUGAUAAAGUAAAGGCCGAAAUAAUACAAAUUCUCUAUAAGGACCAAAUUAAAUAUAUAAAAGAGAAUGGUCUGUGGCCAAGUAAAUUUGGAACCGCUUCAAAAAGUGAAGAUACACAACAAAUACCGGAUGAUAUGCUUCCACCGUCCGAUUCGGAGGACGAAACGGACGAACCAGUGAAAAAUAUUAAUCACCCAAAUCGACAGUCAAACUUGAAUGACAGUAGUUGCGAAUCAGAAGGUUAAUAUGCAUAGCAUAUUUAUGUUAUAUAUAUAUAUCUAUAUAUAUUACAUAUUUUUUAAUAUAAAUGAAUUUCUUUGAUGUAUU